UAUUUAAGCUUCUCUGUCUUACAUUAAUAUAUUGUUUAGUAGCGUUGUCUGAUUAAGCUGUCGUACAAAACAAGUCUGCUAAUUAAUUAGGGUUUGGUUGGCAUUUAAUAAUCUAUCUCUCAAUCAGACAAUGAGCCGAGGUGGGAGCUUUGGAGGCGGACAAAGCUCGUUAGGUUAUCUUUUUGGGUCAGACAAUGAGAUUCCAAAAACGCCUCCACCGGUGGCCCCAAAGCCUGCACCACCGUACGGCGUAGAUUCCACCGAGGACAAUGAAGCUGACCAAAAGCCCAAGAUCUCUAACAACAACAACUACCAAAGAGCUCAGGGCCAAAACUCCGGCAACUUCGUCACCGAUCGUCCAACGACGAAGGUGAAAUCGGUUCCUGGUGGAGGCUCAUCUCUAGGAUACUUGUUCGGAGAUAAAGAGACCAACGUAGAUCCUAACCUCAUGCGACGUUUUCCUGCUCUGAUAGAGAAGCUCAAACCGAUCUUCACGGUCUCAGGAUCAAACGGUAAAGUGGUGAGAACCAUUGUACCGAAGAAACCUGUGAACGGGUACAAUAAUGAAAGCGAAACAAUGAAGAAGAUGGAGGAAACGGUAGAGCCUAUGGUUGCCUUUAGUAGACCACCGCCAUUUUCACCAUUUGUUGGUCCAGUGCUUGUGUAUUCCCUGCUUCAAUCAUGGUCUAGUCGCGAUGAAGACGGCUAGUUGCUCAUGAGAUGUCUGCCAAAGUUUUCUUUAACAGAAUUUCUGAAAUCUUCUCUGAUAGAUAAAUAACUGAGUCUUUAGCAGAACCUUUUGAGAAUAAAAGUUUGAUGUUGUU